UGCAAGUAUGCUAAAGCGAAUGAAGCUGGUGUGAGGACAAGUAGAGAAAAUUCUCAUACCAGAGCUCGCCAUUCAACAGCUUACUUUCCGCUCCAGUGUAGACACAAUGCGAAGGACCUGCUGCUCAAGUGUUGGAAUUUAAAAUUUGGAAUUGUCGCUGUUUAUUGAACAUAGAAUAACGCGCCGGUUAGUGUGCGAUAUGGCAUGGACGUAGUUUGCUAUACUUUUAGCCACCCGACAUAAGCGGAAGUCGAGCGCAUAAACGCAAUUGCCGGCAGUCAGGAUAUGACAUGAAAGCGUACGAACCGUACUUCGUUGGCAACAUGUAAAGGAAAGUACGCUUUUCCAAAACGAUAGCCACCAAGAAAUUGCACAUCAUUGUGCGCUAGACCAAAGUAAAGUGUGAAGGGGGAAAGAGAAAGCUGUCGACGCAACCAAAUCGAGGAAGUGAGUGUUUGAAUUUUAAAAUCUAAAUGGAAAUGUACUGUGACAUUUGCAUUUAUAUACCACGCUACGCUGGACGUUGUGGAAAAUUACCGCUAAUGCCACAGCUGUGAGUAGACGUUGGUGUUAUUGUACAUACAAGCGCACAAUAACUACAACCGAGUGCACGAAGGAAGCGAAAGGAUAAUUGCACAAAUGCGCGGCUAAGUUGAGCGCGACUGAGGCGGGUUGUGGAAGAAGUGGCAGUGUACCUGGAUUAUACAAAUAAAAAGUGCAAAAACGUGGGAAAGGGAAGUGAGAUGGAUAAUAAGAAAUGAAGAAAAAAGUGAGAGGGCUUAAGGAAUAGAGUGAUCGGGGCGUGAAGUGAAAAAAGAAAUAAAAAAUAAGGUAUACAAAAGUUUAGUGGCGAAAGAAACAACGAAAAAGUGAAGUAAAUGGCAUUGCGAAUUAUGAAAAGAAAUUAAAAAUCUGAACAAGUGUUUCCUGCUGUUCACGCAGCUCAAAUAAGCGAACUCACCCAUUAGCGCUUUAGCGAAAGAUAUCGAAACCAACUGCCAGUGGAUCGCGCCUGUGUCCGUACGUUUUAACGUGCGCGCUGUCGUACCACCAAUCGUGUGCCAUCUCUCAUUCUCUGCGACUCUAGCUCCGUCUCUCACUCUUCAACUCUCCGUCUUACUUAAUCUCAACUGGCCGAGCGGAUCAAUCACUCAAUCAGUCACCUACUCAGUCCAUUGCGCAGAGGAUCUUGUGGCUUUUUGGCUUAUAAAUGUACAAGGACAGCAGCUGCCGCAGCAGUCCGCAGCCAAUACCGCCAAAAGUAACGCCCACAGCGAUAACUACAGCAACAACAACUAUAACGACAAUAGCCACAGCAUCAACUAUAACCACAACUAUAAUUGGGACAUCUGCCGAGCCUACGGCGAGCACACAACUGCCGCAACAAAGUGGGACUGAAAGCGUCACAGCAGUCAAGUGUAAUGCGAACGCAGCCUUAGACGCAGCAACGCACGCACAACGCAUAAGCACUGAGUCAACAGCGCCUAGCGCCACAGAAGCAACGAUAGACACGAGCGUAGCGCCGGUCGAAGCAGCAACAACAACAAACGUAGCCACAGCCCCCACAAAGAGCAUCAGCAUAAGCACCAGCAGCAACACCACGCCCAUCACACUCAGCCUCGCCGCCGAACACUUGGAGGCGGAGUACUACCAGCUCAGCUGCGCCUCAGAUUGUUCGAUUUUGUCAUCGUCGACGGCCUCAUCCGCAUCGCACACAUCGUCCAGCGGUAGCGGCAGCGACGACAGCGAGAACAGCGAAGUUUAUACAUUUCGCGCGCGCCCUGCCUUUCCUGCGCACACCUUACGCGCCAUACCCAAGCGCCGCUCCACCUUACGCCGUGAGUACGCACAGGCGCACGAAAGUCAAGAAGCGACGCCGCUGGACGCCGGUAGUCGACGCAGCAGCGCAGUUAGUGGCAUUAGCGGCGUUAGUGGUGUAAGCGGCGGUAGCGACGGCGGAAGCAGCCAUCGACGUCGUCGCAAGCAACAGCAGCGCGCUAGUAUUGGGGCUGAUGUACGCGUGUUGCGCAAAAUCGGCUAUAUUGCAUCGCGCGUGCGCUUUUUGGCGAAAAUCUAUGGUGAUUUCCGGUUGGUGAAUCCCUACAGUCCGGCAAAGCAACGCAAGCAGUUGCAGGACAUACUACUGCGGCAUUCGAUACCCGAUACUGAGCGCAGAAUCGCGGCGGCAGCGUCAGGGUAUCGCACGAAACGCUCAACAACGGCGGUCGACGUACCGGUAGCGGUAGUGACAUCGUCAGCGGCAGCGAUAACUUCAACAGCGGCGACUACUCCGCUGACGAGUAAACGCAGUCUGACGCCUGAUAGUUCCUUGGCGAGUAGCAGUUACGGCGUAGCGAAGGCAAGCGAGGAAGACGAUAAGACGCUGCAGGGACAAGCGCCUAGAGCUGAAGAAGAGCCGACGUUAAGUUCUUUAGAAGACGACGAGGAAGAGGAGGAAGACGAGACCUCAGCCACUUACACGGCGGGCACAGUGCGCCGCAAGUCAUCCGUCGGUGCAGCAGGCGCUGGUGAGGAGGAGAGCGCCGCAUCAAAGCGUUCGCUUGCUGUGCUGGAGGAGCUGCUGGUACAGUUCUAUGAGCAGCGGCAGCAUCGCAUCACCGUAAUACGGCGGCGGCAGCACAGUCGACGGGGCAGUGAGCGCGGCAACGGCAAAAUUGCCGCAAGUAGCAGACAGCAGUCAACGCAACAGCAACAGCCACCACAACAACUAAUCAUUAUGAGCGGCGGCAGCGCUGUGGGGACAGACAGCAACGUCGCACAACAGCUACUGCCCACAGCCGCCGAUAUAGAGCAGCAGACAAAUUUACGUAAUGCCAAUAAUCUUUACAAUAGCAGUGACGCCGGCGAUGGCGGCAGCAAAGUUAGCGUCACGGCGUCAGCAACAGUCAGUAAUAACCAGCAGGGCAGCUCAAAAGUUGCGUCUGGCGCAAAGGAAUCUAGUCAAUCACAAAAGCCGCAGCCGCAGCCACAUCAGCAACGCAGCUAUAGCAAUGCCUUUCUGCAGCCAUUCAGCAUGAGCGGUUGCUUGGAUCGGCGGCGGCGCGCCAGCGAUUGCUCAACACACCCCAGCAGCCAGCAGCUAUUACAGCAGCAGCUGUUGAGCAAUCAAUUGCAUGUGACGCUAAAAAACAACAACUAUGCGGGGUUAACGUCGAGCACUGGUGGCAAAUUUCCGUACCAUCGCGGCAGCUGCGGUGGCGCAGGCGAGCAUCUCUUAGCCGCCAAUUCGAUUGCCAAUCGCGCGACGAUCAUACUAAGCAAAUCGUGCAGCAAUGUGGAAGGCGGGCCGGCGGCUGCGGCAGCGGUAGCGACAGCAGCGGCGCUUUAUGGCGGUGAUGCGAUGCGCAAGCUCAGCCUUGGCGGCCAGCUAGAAGCGUCAAGUAAUGGCAAUGUGGUGUCGCCGGCGUUGACGCCCUCGCCCACACAGCAGCAGCAGCAACAACACACCGCUAGCGGGCCGGGCAGCAAUGGCAACAAUGAAUACAACAUUGUGCAGCUAAAUAACACAAUCAUCCAAUGUCAUUUCAACGAUGAGGAUUUUCGUGCGCUCAUCAAGGAUCUGAAGCGCAAGGUGGAGUACACCGAGCGCAUGAAUUGGCUAUGUCUCUCCAAGCGACCUUUGGGUCCGCCACAUCGCAAAAGUAGUCUACCAAAGCAUCAGGAGGUGAAAAAGCGUUUCCUGGAAAUUUGUGAUACCAACUUCUCGGAUGAGGUGAAAGCUGCACUCCGUUUGCCCGCCUUCGAUUCGUACGAGUGGGGCGAUGCCGAUGUUAUACAUCUAAUGCAAACGAUGUUCCUCGAAUUGGGCUUCAUAGAUAAAUUCAAUAUACCGAUUGAGACGUUGCGCGAAUGGCUGUAUGAGGUCUACAAGCAUUACAACGAGGUGCCAUUUCACAAUUUCCGGCAUUGCUUCUGUGUGGCGCAAAUGAUGUACGCCAUAACCCGCCAUGCCAAUCUGCUGCAACGACUAGGUGACCUAGAAUGCCUAAUAUUGCUAGUGUCCUGCAUUUGUCAUGAUCUCGAUCAUCCAGGCUACAAUAAUAUCUAUCAGAUAAAUGCGCGCACCGAAUUGGCACUCAGGUAUAAUGACAUCUCGCCGCUGGAAAAUCAUCAUUGUUCAAUAGCAUUCCGCUUGUUGGAGCAUCCUGAGUGUAAUAUCUUCAAAAAUUUCAGCAGAGAUACAUUCAAAGAAAUACGUGAGGGUAUCAUACGUUGCAUUUUGGCCACGGACAUGGCGCGUCACAAUGAGAUACUAACACAGUUCAAAGAGAUUACACCCAUAUUCGAUUACUCAAAUCGUGCGCACAUCAAUUUGCUCUGCAUGGUGCUCAUCAAAGUGGCAGACAUCUCAAACGAAGCGCGUCCCAUGGAUGUCGCCGAACCUUGGCUUGAUCGCCUGUUACAGGAAUUUUUCGCACAAAGCGCAGCCGAAAAGUCUGAAGGACUGCCCGUCACACCCUUCAUGGAUCCGGAUAAGGUUAGCAAGCCCGGUUCACAGGUGCGUUUCAUCGGUUUGGUGCUAUUACCGCUCUUCGAAGCCUUGGGCGAUUUGGUGCCUGAAGUGAUUGAAUUGAUUAUAAUACCAGUGCGCAUAGCGCUCGACUACUAUAGACGCUUAAAUGAUGCUCAAAAUAAAUCGCGCAAAUCUGUCGCCGACGCCGCCUCCAUGGCCGCAUCGGACAAUAUUAGCGCUGCCUCGGAUGGUGGCGGCAGCACAACUGCUGUGGGCGGUACACAUGCUCAUAGUCCAGCGGCUGGUGCGAAUGGUCAGGGUGCAGCAGGUGCUAGCACCGCCUCAACGGGCACCAGCACAACUACCACAGCUGGCGCCGGUGGUGGCGGCUCCGGCAGUGGUGGCACCAACUCUGGCGGCAGUAUUUCACCACAAAUGCCACGCUCACAAUCGGGCAUUAGUGUGAAGUCCCGCCGGAGUAUACCAUCACAGAAAUCCGCUUCACGCACAUCCGUCGAUGAACCGCAAUGUUUGGCAGCUGAACUGCACGAUUUGCCGGAGGGUAGUGAGAGUGGCGAUUCGGAAACGGCUACGGAAGUGGAUGUCGCCGAGAAGACUUCCAAGUUCAAAGUGGACACCGAGGGCAGCAGCAAUCGCUCGAAAUCCUCUCAUUCGACGUCGCGUAAGUCCUCGCGUGAGAAGCGCCCCUCCAUGAUCGGUGAGAUGUGCAGCAGCGGAGGUGGUCAGCGCAUACGCAAUUCAUAUGGCAACAUACAUGGCUAUCACUCCAAUCGCUGUCACUUCAGCUCCAAUCGCGCCGUCAGUUUGGAUCAGUACAGCACCAAUAAUCGUCGCCUCUCCGAUGGCCUGCAGCAGGUCAUCUCCGACAGCAAUGUCUUUUACAAUCGUCAGAAUCGUGGCAGCCUCGAGGUGACCGCCAGUCGGCUGGGCGAAGACUUGAAUAUAAAUGCGCCUGGCAUGGGGAGCGGCGUGGGUGGCGGCAGUGGUGGCGGUGCAUCUGGCGCCACACAGUCUUCCACGCAGCCGCUCAAUCCGAACAAUGUGCCAAAUGUGGAGUGCAGCGCCGGCAUGGCGGCACAUGUCAGCGGCGCGUGCACCGGUCAGCAGUCUUGUCAGCAUCAUCAUGCACACCAACACGUCCACACCCACCAGCAGCAGCAGUACCAGCAACAACAGCAGCAUUUGCAGCACUUGCAGUCAUCAUCGAAUGGCAAUCUCUCGCCCACCCAAUUGCUGCAACCGAAAUUGCAGCAGCACUGUUGCGCCGCAGCAGCGGCUGCAGCAGCUGUCGCCGCGGCAUCCAACACGUCCAACGGCCUAGGCGGCAAUGGCGGCGGUGGCGCCACAAUUUCCAAAUCCACCUGGAAGACACGGCUCAAACAGUUCUCCGACUACUUCGGCUUCUCCUUCGACAAAGGUGGCAAACGUUUCGGCAGCACACGCAGCUCGCCGUGUUCGGCGCGUAACAACAAUACCACCGGCUUAUCGGGCGCACAUCAGAUAGCAGGUGGUGGCGCGUUUGAUCCGCUACUCGGAAGCAGUGGCAGCGCUGGCAAGCCUCAGAGUAUCUGCUGCACUAUUUCGAAUAAUCUGCAGUCACCAGGGCUGCGCCACAAGUCACUAGCAGCUGGCGCUGGACUGCCUACACAUUCGGAGCUGGUAAGUGCUGGGCGCCUUCGCGCCUACAGCCUGGACGUGCCCUGCAGCCACACAAGCAAUCCGCGUUACAGCAGCAGCAGCGGCGGUGGAGGCGACAGCAGUCGCAAGUCAUCACGUCACGACGGUGGCACCACCGGCACCGGCGACGACAACAAUAGCAACAAUACGCUACACAGCAGUGGAGGCGGUGGCAGUGAAAUGCCCACUUGUCUUCCGCCACCCAUACGCAUAGGCAGCGUGGACGCCAGCGAUACGAUACUCAUUACAACUGGACUGCCGCGUGUCAUUACGCCCGCGCAACUCGGUGAGGGCGAGCCAAGUUUGAGCAUCGAUUUAGGUAUGGCUAGUGGGUCUUCGUAUGAGCCCUCGAAGAUUUGACAACGGGGGA